AUGGCUACCAUUGUGAACCCUUCCUCCCGGGGAUACACGCAAAAGAGACACACAACAGACAUCUGGAUACUUCACAUUCAAUUGCAACAAGGCGAGCCCGAGGAACACAUGGGCUUGUUCCUCCCAAUGUUGAAAGCCAUGAGCUUCAAGCCCAAAGAUGUUCGCUUGAAGCAAUUGGAAUCAAAGACUUCGCCAAUCGAGAAAUAUAUUUACCUCAGUAACUUGAGGAAUUCCAAUGUCCACCUUUUUUAUCGCCUUGUUCUGGAAAAUUUCACGACUCUUACACCUUUAAUUUAUACCCCGGUGGUGGGCGAAGCUUGUUUAAAAUGGUCAGAUAUAUAUCAACAGCCAGAAGGUCUCUAUCUCUCCUACAAAGACCGCGGUUCUCUAAGAGAUAUUCUCCGCAAUUGGCCCCAACCAAAUGUCGCAAUGACCGUGGUUACAGACGGGUCACGAAUCCUCGGGCUUGGUGAUCUUGGCGUGAACGGCAUGGGAAUUCCUGUAGGCAAACUAGCAUUGUAUACUGGAUGCGCUGGUAUUAGACCAGAAGCCACACUGCCUUUGACAUUAGAUUUGGGCACGAACAACGAGACGUUGCUUAACGAUCCCCUGUAUAUGGGAAGUCGGAUGAAGCGUGUUUCUGAGGACGAGGAGCGGAUGUUCUUGGAUGAGCUCAUGGUUGCCCUGAAUGAAACCUGGCCUGGUAUCGUGGUGCAAUUUGAAGAUUUCAAGAGCCCUUUCCCUGCCCUAGAGAGGUACCAGUAUAAGUACUCUUGCUUCAACGAUGAUGUCCAAGGAACUGGUGCAGUUAUUCUGGCAGGUAUAAUCACUGCAUUAAAAAUGUCCGGCAUUCCAGUGAAAGACCAACGAGCUGUCUUCAUGGGAGCUGGUAGCGCUGGUACUGGUGUUGCGCAGCAAAUUGUACAAUACUUCAUGAAAGAGGGCUUAACAGAGGAUGAGGCUCGGCGCUGUUUCUGGUUUGUCGAUACUAAGGGCCUCAUAACCAACGACAGAGGCGAUAAGCUCGCCCAGCACAAACUCUACUUCUCCCGGGAUGACAACAGCGGGCAGCAAUUCAAAUCCCUUACUGAAGUCGUCGACUACGUCAAACCCACCAUCCUAAUGGGUCUCUCUACAAUCCGCGGCAUCUUCGACGAACCAAUACUCAAGAAGAUGACAAGCUUGAACAGACAUCCCAUUAUAUUCCCCCUUUCGAAUCCCUCCAGCAAAGCAGAAUGCACCUUUGAAGAGGCAAUGAAAUUCACGGAUGGGCGCGCCAUUUUUGCAAGUGGGAGUCCGUUCCCAACGCAUGUUCAUAAUGGCAAGGUCAUGUAUCCUAGCCAAGGAAACAAUAUGUAUGUCUUCCCCGGAAUAGGUCUCGGCUCCAUCCUCUGCAAAACAAAACAUAUCAGCCAAGAAAUGAUCUACACCUCAGCCGUCGCUCUCUCCAAAACCGUCAUACCCUCGGAGUUCGCCAACGGCAUGCUUUAUCCCUCCCUCGACCGUAUCCGCCCUGUAAGCGUAAUUGUCGCCCGCGAGGUAAUCCGCCAAGCGCAACGAGAAGGGCUCGAUCGCGAGCCUUCUCUCCGUGAUAUGAAUGAUGAGACUCUAGACCAAUGGAUAAAUGAGCAGAUGUAUAACCCUCAUAAGGAGGGCAGAUUUAAUGAGUUAGAACGUGAGUCUACAAUCACAGACGACGCAGAAGCACCAUUUUACGAGAAGGAGAGGCUGAGUGCAAAGUUAUAG